CUUUUCUGCGGAAAGUCUACAGCAUUCUUUCCAUUCAAGUUCUUUUGACCACAGUCACAUCUGCAAUUUUCCUGUACUCUACUGGAGUGCAGGCAUUUGUUCAUGAGAGGCCUGCCUUGCUUUUGAUCUCUGUGUUUGGAUCUUUGGCUAUAAUCGUGGCACUGACCCUCUACAGACACCAGCAUCCUGUUAAUUUGUACCUGCUUUUUGGGUUUACCCUACUGGAAGCACUGACAGUUGCCAUUACAGUGAGUUUCUAUGACGUGUCCAUCGUCUUGCAAGCCUUUAUUCUUACUACUGCUGUAUUUCUUGGACUGACCGCAUAUACCUUGCAGUCAAAGAGGGACUUCAGCAAAUUUGGAGCAGGCCUCUUCGCUUGUUUGUGGAUUUUAAUCUUCUCAGGUUUCUUGAGGCUGUUUUUCUAUAGUGAGACAAUAGAGUUGGUGUUUGCUGCCACUGGAGCUCUUCUCUUCUGUGGAUUUAUUAUUUAUGACACUCAUUUGCUGAUGCACAAACUGUCCCCUGAAGAGUACAUACUGGCUGCAAUCAAUCUCUACUUGGAUGUCAUCAAUCUGUUCUUACACCUACUGCGUUUACUGGAGGCAUUCAAUAAAAAGUAGUCAAAAGCGGUGUAGUUUGAGUA